CGAAAACCGUGGGCGGUGUAAGAACCCUCCCAUUUCUCUUUGGUUUCCCUCCGAAACUCCACCCACUAAAAAAUAGGAGUACUGCACGCAUCCCUUUUCCCUCCCAAAAUUCCCACUUAAACCCCACAUUUCCAAGUUUCCAACACCCAACAGUACAGGUGCUUGAGGCGUGUCACCAAACAAAACUCAGCGAGCGAGAGAGAGAAGAGAGAGAGAUGAGAGAGAAAAUGGAGGAAGCAAGGCGAUCAGCUGUUCCAGUUCCGCCAGAUAACCUCCGUUGCAGAAGGAACGACGGCAAGGAGUGGCGGUGCAGCGGUUGGAGGCUACAAGACAAGGCCUAUUGCGAAAAACACUUCUUUCAAACCCUUAACAACAAAUCUCCUACUCCUUCGAAGAAGUCAUCCGGUUCUGGUUCUAGGGUUUCCGAUCGAGACAAGGGUGUGAACAAGAGUGUAAGUGUUUCUAGAAGAUUGAACGUUUCGUCGCCUCCGGACGGAACGAAGCAGGAAAAGAGGAGGAGGAGGAGGAAGGCGGUGGAGGAGGAUGAUGAUGAGGUUAUUCCGGAGAAGAAGCGGCGUCGUGUGGAGGAGAGGGAUAGUGGUGGUGGUGUCAAGGGAGGUGAAAAGGAGGUUGUUUUGGUGAAAAGAAGGAAAAAGGGUUCGGAUCGUAAGAAAUUGGGGUUUUCUGGGAGAAAUAAAGAAAAAGAAGAGGAAAAGAAGCUUAGUGAUGGUGUUGAUGGAGAUGGAGAUGGAGAUGGAAAGGAAGAGGAAAUGGAGGAGGAAAAGGAGGAGAGUGAUUUAUAUGAUUCUGAUGAGCAGAAGGAGAGGGUUAGUGAAGAUGAGAAGGAGGUUGUUUUGGUAAUAGGAAGGAAAGGGUUUUCGGAAAAUAAGUUAAAAGAAGAGGAAAAUGAGGUUGCUAACGGUGAAGAUGAUUUGGAGGAUGGAAAGGAUGAUGCUUUGCUGAAAAGAGCGGAAAAGGGUGUAGUGGUCAAGGAAUUGCGGAACGGGGGGAAGGAAUGGGGGGUUUCUAGUAAAAGAAAACAAAAAGAAGAGGAAAAUGGGGUUAGUUAUGGCGGAGAUGAUUCGGAGGAUGGCAAAAAGGACGGUACUUCGGUGAAAAGAAUGAAGAAGGGUUCUGAUGCCGUGGGACCAGGGGAGAAGAAAUCAGGGGAUCAAACCAAAAGAAAACAAAAAGAAGAGGAAAAUGAGGUUACUAAUGGUGAAGAAGAUGAAUUGGAGGAUGACGAAAAGGAUUCCACUGCAGUGAAAAAAUCUAAAAAGGGUACAGCGAUUGAGAAAUUGGGGGUUCCUACCAAAAUCAAACAGGGAGAAGAGGAAAAUGAGGAUACCGAUGAAGAGGAUUUUAUUUUGGUGAAAAAAAUGAGAAAGGGUCCCAAGUUUAAGAAACUGGUAUCAGGGGAGAAGAAAUCCGGGGCUCCUACCAAAUUCAACAAAAAAGAAGGGGCAAAUGAGGGUACUAACGGCAAAGAUGAUUGUUGUGGUAACUUGACUACAAGAACCAAAAAGUUAAUGGAACUGAAAAAGUUCCGGAAAGAGGCUAAUGUUACUAGUGGUGAUUCAAAUGAUAAGAAGGAAAAGGUUAGUUCAACGAAAAGGGUGAAAAAGAAUGAGAACAAUGAAUCAGCAUCACUAGGGAGGAUGAAGAAAGAGGUUUCGCAAGCGCAUGGGAAGAAAUUGGGAGUAACAACCAAAAAGAAAAAAGAUAAGGAGGAUAUCGGUGACGUUGAUAACCCAAAGGUCAAGGUUUAUUCAAGAAGGUCCGGCUCGAAGCAAAAUGGCUUUCGUUUUGAUGCUAGGAGGAGGCAUUUCAGUACCGAUGGGGGUGAGGAUGAUUGCCAAAUGUGUCAUCAAUGCAUGAGGAGUGACCAGAGGGUGGUGAGGUGUCGUGGAACCUGCCGAAGACGUUAUUGUGGCCCAUGCAUCAAGAGAUGGUAUCCGCAGCUGUCAGAGGAAGCAAUAGCGGAGUGUUGUCCAUAUUGCCGGGGAAACUGUAAUUGCAAAGCAUGUUUGCGUCGACAGGAUAUGAUUAAGAGUAAUGAAAAAGAUGGACAGCCCAAGAUUGAGGAGGAAAGGGUUCGGCUAUUGAAGCAUCUGAUAUAUGCUCUUGCUCCAUUCUUGAAACAGUUUGAUCAUGACCAAACAAUGGAAAAGGAGAUGGAGGCUAAGAUUAAAGGUUUAUCUUCGUCGGAUGUAGAGAUACAACAGGCAGUUUGUCGUGGUGAUGAGCGUGUUUAUUGUGACAAUUGUAGAACCUCUAUAGUUGAUUUUCACCGAAGCUGUCCAAAUUGUUCGUUUGAUCUCUGCCUGACUUGUUGCCUGGAAAUUCGAGAGGGUUGCCUGCAAGGGGGUGACCACAUUGGUGACAAACCUCUCACCUCUUCUUCAGAUCGGAAUGCUUCUUUAGAUUCAAGCAUUGAUUCCAGUUUUGAUGUUGAUAAAAAGCCAACACCUGGCUGGAAUGCGACGGAAACUGGUGUCAUAUCUUGCCCAAGGAAAAUGGAUGGUUGUGGCCGUUUGGAGUUGAAGCAUAUGCUUCCGGAAGGUUGGGUUUCGGAGUUAAAAGAGAAAAUAGAAAAAUUGGUUGAAAGACAUAUGCCUGGAACUUCUGAUGCGCUCUGCUCCUGCUUUAAAUUGAAUGGUCAGGUUGAUGUUGGUAAUGGAAAACUUCGUAAGGCUGCUUCUAGAAAGGAUGCCGAUGACUCCAAUUAUUUGUACUGUCCUUCAACAAGUGAUAUCCAACAAGGGGAUCUAGAGCACUUCCAGAAACAUUGGGUCAGGGGGGAGCCAGUUGUUGUCCGUGAUGUUCUCCAAAUUGCCUCUGGUUUGAGUUGGGAGCCAAUGGUUAUGUGGCGUGCAUUUCGUAAUCGUAAAGGAACUUACUCGGGUUGCUCAGAUUUAUCAGUGACGGCAAUUGAUUGCCUUGAUUGGCGUGAGGUUGAUAUGAAUAUUCACCAAUUUUUCAAAGGGUAUUCAGAAAGUCGAUCACACAAGGAUGGUUGGCCAGAGAUGCUCAAACUGAAAGAUUGGCCCCCAUCCAAUUUCUUUGAGGAGCGCUUACCUCGCCAUGGUGCGGAGUUCAUCAGUGCCUUGCCAUAUUCAGAAUACACACAUCCACGUUCUGGUCUUCUUAAUGUUGCUGCAAAGUUGCCUGAAAAAAUGCUGAAGCCAGACCUGGGUCCUAAAACAUACAUUGCGUAUGGGUUUGCUGAAGAGCUUGGCCGUGGAGAUUCUGUCACGAAGCUUCAUUGUGACAUGUCGGAUGCGGUUAAUUUGUUAACACACACAGCAGAAGUGAACCUGAAUCGCCAGCAGCUUUCUAAGGACCAUGCUGUCCUGGACCAAACAGAACUAUUUGGUACGGUCCAUUCCGACAUACAUGGUUCAUCAAAUGAUGAGAAGCUACAAGGCGAGACUGUUUCUGACAAGAUGUUGAAUGGAUUGGAGACACCUGAUGGAGGAGCUGUUUGGGAAAUUUUUCGGCGACAAGAUGUUCCCAAGCUAGAGGAGUAUCUUACAAAGCACCAUAAGGAGUUCAGGCACAUCGACUGCCAGCCAGUAGAUCAGGUCUUUCAUCCAAUUCAUGACCAGACAUUCUACUUGACUUUGCAUCACAAAAGGAUGCUGAAGGAGGAGUUUGGUGUUGAACCUUGGACAUUUGUUCAACAACUAGGAGAGGCAGUCUUUAUUCCAGCUGGAUGUCCUCAUCAAGUUAGAAACCUCAAGUCAUGCAUAAAAGUUGCUCUUGACUUUGUUUCUCCCGAAAACAUCAAUGAAUGUAUCCGUUUGACUGGGGAAUUCCGUGCUCUUCCCCGCGAUCAUUGGGCUAAGGAAGACAAACUAGAGGUAAAGAAGAUGUCUCUUUAUGCAUUAAAGGAAGCUGUGAAUGAACUGGAGAAGCUAAUCCCGCGUGAAAGUGAGAAAGUUGAGGCAUCGCUGUUGGAAACUACAUCACAACGUCCAGAAGCAUGUGAACAGUCGGGAGAUCUCCCUCCAGCUUCCCCAUCAUCAACCCCUUGUUCCACAUCACCGCGUCCAGAAGCAUGUCAACCAUCGGCAAAUCUCCCUCCAGCUUCCCCAUCAACCCCUUGUCCCACAUCAUCGUCUCCGGAUUCUCCGGAAGCAUGUCAGCUGCCGGCACAUCUCCCUCCAUCUUCCCCUUCAUCAACCCCUUGUUCCACACCACUAUGUCCGGAAGGAUGUCAACCGUCGGCAGAUCUCCCUCCAUCUUCCCCAACAGCAACCCAUUCUUCCACCUGAAUGAGUGGCAUUUCUCGAGGAUAUUCCAAGUCCAUGUUUGUAGAGCUAUCUGGCAGAUUUAACUUGGAAAUCUGUUACUGUACUUGUUUUGACUAAUAUUGCUGAUCAUGCUCUGUUAAAUACCAUUAGGUUAUUUUGAACAACAGGGCACUACUUUUGUGCAGCCUUCUUAGCCUGAUUGUUGUAUAGGAACCCUUACAUGGGUCGCAUCUAGAAAAAAUGGGGAGAACCUAUGCAUAUACUGGAAGAUUUUCAUUCUGUCCUUAAUUGUCCAUUGUGAUUUGUGUCAGCCAUCCGAAAUUGUAGAAAGCUAAAAUUCCUGCUUCGUGAAUUUAUCAAAGUUGGGUCGCGACU